AUGACCGACUCUAUGGCCGACUCCAUGGCCAAUUUCGCGCCCCGCAAGCGAUCUCGCGCGGCCUGCCUCUCAUGCCAAUCACGCAAGCGCAAAUGCUCAGGUGAGCAGCCCUGCGGCACCUGCGCCCAAGCUGGUGUCGACUGCGUAUUUAGCGACUUGCCACCCAAGAAACGCGCCAGAUCAGCCAGUAUGUACCGGGCGUCCUUACCGGGACUGAACGAGCGACGGCGUCUUCCGCCUUCAGGUGGAUGGGGCAAUCCAAGGACAGCGGCCAAUUCGGCUAGUAGUGCUGCGGGCAGUGCUGCACCGUCGGGAUCCUACCAUCGCGUGAACGGUUUGCGCCAGAUGGGUCAUUCGCUCGAAGCGAACUCGGGCGCCGCCUUUGUGCGCAAGCUUGGGCUCAGGAUUGACCCUGCGCGUGCGCCGCGAUUACAUCUUUUUGCGUGGAAUGUUGGCGAGAGGCGUCUGUCGCCGGCAGUCUCCUCGUCGAGCGCGACUGUCUCGGCGCCGGUGCCAAUUACCAAGAUUAUCUCGGAGGAUGAGAUGCGCCGCUUGGCGGCCAUUUAUUUUGAGAAGGUCGAUCCAUGCUAUGCAUUUCUGGACCGAAAGAGAGUGUUUGCACAAAUUACACAACGUUGGCCGACAUCAACAAUGCCUGUUGCCGAGUCGCAAGACCCAGCGUACGAUGCUGUACUCCUUGGUGUUGCAGCCUUUGGAUAUCUAUUCUCGCAGCGUGAGAUCAUGCCAACGGAACUACGACUGGUGGAUGCAGCACGCUUGCUCCUCGAAAAGAGCAUUCUGAGUUCUGAGACGCCUACCGUUGAAACGGUCACUGGCUGGGUCCUCCGCGCAGCCUACCUGCGCAUGACAGCAUCACCGCACGCCGCAUGGAUGGCUAGUUGCACACUGAUGCACCUGAUCGAAGCCGCCGGCCUGCACAUCGAAGCUCAGGAUCCGGAAGCAACCGGCCUCACCCGAGCUCAGAACAAUGCCAACUCCACUACACAGAUAUCCAGCGACAGUGACCUCCACCGACGCCUCUUCGGCAUGGCCCGGCACCUCAACACCUGGAUAUCGUUCGAUCUCGGCCGCUCGCGUGUUGUUCUCCCCAGCGCAACAUCCCACUCCCCAGCAACCCCAACCCAACUCAGCCAUUCACUCUCAUCAACACCUGCCCCCCGCGCAGACCUCUUCCACCUACUCCCUCUCUCCGAAAGCCUAGACCCAACAGGCCCCGCACCCCAAGACCUCCCCGAACUCGAGCAAGCACUCGCAGCCGUCCUGGACCUAGUCUACACCGAGCCGAGCCUCAUCCUCGUGCAGUGCAAUCUGACGCUCUGCAUAUACCGGCGCGUCAGAGCGCUGAACGCCCACGCCCCGCUCCCAGGACGUGCGCUGGACCGCGUGCUGACCCUUGCGGGCCGUGCUCUGCGCGCGGUGCGUGGCAUGGUUGCAUCUACGUGCCCGUGGCAUCAGGUGGCCAAUGUGCCGUUCCAGGUGGUCUGCACGCUGCUGGCGAUUGACAAUCGCGCGGCUCUGGACCUGCUCCCGGAUGCGAUGCUGACGCUGAGGGAGGUGCAUGCUGCGUAUGACACGGCUGUGAUGCGGGAGGCGUAUUCGACGGCAUAUCUGCUUAUUGCGCUGCAUCAGCGGCGCAAGGAGGAUGACACGCGGGCUUUGGCGGAGGUGUUGAGCGCGAAUGCGAUUGCGGCUGUACAGGAGCCGGAGGUGCCAAAGCCUAAACAGGAUGGUGGGGUGAUUCAGGGUGGAUUGGGGAGGGAGGAGGCUGUGCCAACGCAGGCGCAGGCUCAAGAUGGGCUGGGUCCGGUGUCUGAUGCAGAACUUUCUUGGCUGGGCGAUUUAGUUAUUGGUAUGCCCAGUCUGCAGAACUUUGACCUUGAUCGGUUCCUGAUGACGGACGUACCGUGGCCGUUGCCUGAGAUGGGAAUCUGA